GGGGCUACCAAGUCGGAGAAGCUGUCAGAAGGACUCCAGCUGAGCCAUGGCAAACACACCUGAAACUUCCUCACGGCAUCUGAUGCAUCAAUUUUGGGAGGAACAUUCACAGAAUUCCUCGCUGGAGGAAAUGAUGUUGGACUCCAGAGCCCAGGAGCUCACUCAAGAAGAUACACCUGAGAUACUCAGUCUUCUGCCUUUCCUAGAGGGACAGGAAGUGUUAGAAUUGGGAGCCGGGAUAGGCCGAUUUACUGGAUCGCUGGCUGGAUUAGCCCAUCAUGUGACUGCGGUUGAUUUUAUGGAUAGCUUCUUGAAACGGAAUCUGGAAGGAAACGGCCAUCGGACCAACAUAACGUUUUUACAGGCUGAUGUUACCACCUUGGAGUUCCCAAGCCAGAGCUUCGACCUCAUCUUCUCCAACUGGCUGUUCAUGUACCUGUCAGAUGCUGAGCUGAAGGCCUUAAUCCAGAAGAUGCUUCUGUGGUUAAAACCGCAUGGCCAUAUUUUCUUCCGGGAAUCGUGUUUUUACCAGUCAGGAAACAGCCAUAGAAGUUUUAACCCUUCCUUUUACCGAAAGCCUGCAGAAUACAAUCAACUCCUCACCUCAGCCCAAGUGACGAUCGGAAACAUGUCUUAUGGAUUUGAGAUUGUUUUAUCUCGUUCAGUGCAGGCCUACAUCAAGGAGUUCUCCGAGGAAGAAUUUGAAUCCAUGGCGUCCAGUUGGCGAGCAAAAUUGCAACGCUGUGCAGCCGGAGACCAACGCUGGGGAGUCUUCCUCGCCCAGAAGCCAGAGUAGAUCAGGGCAGGAAUUCACACACACACAAACACACACCCAGACACCUUUCUUUGUUGCUGUUAGUUGCGAAGUCGUG